GUCAAGUGCCCUCUGCAGCGUCUCUGCUCUGGUUCUUUACUAAAAGAAAUCAAUCAAACACACACACACACACACACACACACAUUCAUAUUCAAUUGAAGGUGCGCUGUGCACACUCGAUCCUUUUGUUUUGUGCCUGUACGUUUAGCAAGCCUGAGAAGAAUAGAACCCCCGUCGACGUACAUCGGUGGAGGAUUACAACAAAAGUAAGUAAGGCAAAGACGCGCACCCACGCACGCACCCUGACCAUCGUUAGUUUCCUCGGUUCACCUUCUCUUUUCUUCCCUCCUGUUUCGUCCCCCCCAUCCUUUGUACGUACGUACGUUGUGUGGGCGACGUUCGCUUCUGUAGAGCUUUUUUCUAAUUCUAUAUAUAUAUUUGAUCUGCAUUUUAAUUACACCUUCCCGUCCUUUUCACCGCUGCUGCUGCUGCUUCCUCUUCGCGCAUCUUCUGUGCCGUCGCGAGAACGAAAAACUGUGCCGCCUCUUGCAUUCUUUAGGAGCGCACCAACGCAAGCAGUGGAAAGGGAAAAAGAAAACACGAGAAGGAGACGGCGUUGAUUUUUUUUUUCCUGGACUUUCUCUUUCCUCUUAAGACUGCUGCCGAAGAGCACACGCCUCCACCCCCCACACACAAAGACUCUGAAAAAGCACCGACGAGCUCAGUGGGUCAGCCAUGUCGUCCGCGGCCCCCUUCACCGUGGCGAUAGACUUCGUCCCCGAUGACAGCCACCGCCUCUUCCACGGCACCGUGACGAUCACCAAGACGACGCUUACGGUGUUCAAGACGGGCAGCGCCGCCACGACGCGCGAUCCCGCCACCAACGAGCGCGCCACCUUCAUCGGCGUGUGCAGCCUCCCGCUGAUUCAGUUUUAUCGCAGCAAGAACACCGUGACGCUAAUGCGGGGGUCGAGCUUUCUCUUCGAUAACGCCGCCGUGACAGCCGGGCUGCGCAACGGGGACGCCUCUAUUCGCAGCACCAGCAGCCGCGCGAGGGCCGACAACCCGACCAUGUGGGAAACACUGCAGCUGCGUUGCAGCUCCCUCGCCGACUGCGACCGCAUCGUCGAGGUCCUGCUGAGCCGCAACGCCGAGGAGACCUUCCACCCGCCGCAGCCGCGCGACACGGCGACGCCGGGCUCGACCACCUCCAGCGUCGGCAGCUACAGCCGCCACAACGAACAGCGCCAUCACUCCCGCCCACGCAGCAGCAGCGGCGGCCGACGACACGCAACGCCGCCCGCGACGGACGUAUCGACACCGCGUAGCUCCCGCCUGCCGAGCCGGCGCGAGAACGAUGACAUGGCUUCGCGGUCCUCGGUGACCCGCACCGAUGUGUCCACGCCGCGCAGUUCACGUCUGCCCAGCCGGCGCGAGAACGACGACGUGACGUCGGUGACGAUGACGACGCCGUCUCAGUCUUUCCGCUCUUCGCAGCAGCGCGUUGCGCCGGGCCGCGCCACUGCGAACGCGACGGCGGCCGGCACGCCGAACCGCACGAGCCCGAAGCAGCGCCCCCACUCCGCCUCUCACCGCCGCGCCGGCGUCGACCCCGCCGAGCGAGAGUUUGCGUCGGACACCCGACCCCGCAGCAACGGCCAUCCCUCGACGACGACGCGCUCGCCGCACCGGAAUGGGCGCUCUGCAACGACUCCUCCACGCAGCAGCCGCCACGGCACGAGUCCCCGCGCGCACUCCUCCUCCCACCGUCGUGCUUCGCCCCGCGCGGACACGCACGGGAUGAGCAACAGCGCGAGCGUCAGCCUCCGCAGCACUGUCUCGCGUGGCAUCAAGACGGAGCAGGACGUCUUCAUCCGCAACGUACAGAAGAUGCAGCACCACCGGUUGCACUUCAUGCUGUACCUGCACAAGGAGAUGGUGCACCAGGCGUAUUUGGUGGAGGAGGCGAAGUUGAGGACAGCGGCGGAGGCGGCCGCAAAUGGCUUCUCGCGUCGUCGCACCGGCAGCGCCCCCAGCUCCGCAGCCCGUCGACCCAUCGACGCCACCACCACGGCAGCGGAGGAGGCGGGCCGGCUGCGCGAGAUGGAGAACCGCCUGGCCCAGGUCGAGGCCCUCCACCACGAGGCAGCGCGUGAGCGGGAAGAGGCGGCCCGCCUGCGCCGCGAGUACGAGUGGAAGACGGAGGAGCUCAACGCGCGCCUCGGCUCUCACCCGAUGGCCGAGGGCUCCCGCGGCGUCUCGGUGAACUCGUCGGUGAACGGCCCGCAUCGCAACAGCUCCGCCUACGCCAACGGACAGCUGAUGGUGGUACCGCAGAGCAGCAGCGGCGGUUACCCCAUCAUGCAGCACGCCGGCUACAACCCCUCGGCGGAGUGGGCGUUGAUGCACGACCCGGCAGCCGCCCCGCGACCGGACGACGUCGACCUCGGCACCGCUAUCAUCGACCGCUACGUCUUUGGUGAGGAGUGGGGCCGCGUCUACCCGGCCUACGAAGCCGACAUCCGCUUCAACGCGCAGAUCGACGUGUGCCUCGCGAUGAAGCUCCCCCGUCGCCUCGUCACCAUCACGAACCUCGUCGUGGACCGCCCGGGCAUGCGGGUGACGGCGGAGAUCCGCUACGACCGCGCCAAGAUCGAGCGCGACGGCGUUGAGCGCCGCAUGAACGGCUGCCCGUUUCGCUUUCUCCAGCGCUUCUACGACGCACGCGACCUCUACGACCCGAUGCACGACGGGGCCGCGGCGCUGACGGGGACGCAGGGCGGUUCCGCCCUCCCACGGGCCCUCACCACGGCAGCCGCAGCACCGCGGCGCAACUCGCGGGCGGCGUCCUCGCACGGAGGCCGCCGCCGCCGCCCCUCCGACCACCGUGGCCGCCGCGGCAGCGACGCGACGUCCGUCUCCGGCGAUGUCGAUCCGGAUGGCCUGCGUGACCACUACGAGGCCCGCGUGGAGGACCGCGUCCGUGCCGCGGAGGAUCGCCUGGCGAAGAAGCGCCGUCGCAUGCUGGGCGACCUGCGCCGCCAGCUCGCCGACAACAUCGCCCAGCUGGCGAAUGAGGAGGAGUACAUGCGCGACAGCAUCGACUACGCCGAGGCGAAGGAGCGCCAGCGUAUCGGCAAGGCGGUGCGCUCGAAGGUGAAGGAGACGCUCUCGACCUCGAUGGCGAACCUCGACGAGGAGGAGCGGGUGGGGCGGGCGGCCGUGGAGGUCGGGGCGGCGCGGCAGAUGCACGUCCUGCUCGGUGGUCACCGCCGGGCGCUCGCGCUGAUGAAUUUGCGCGCCUCGGAGCAGGACCGCCGGAAGCAAAUCGCGGCUCAGGAAGCCGAGGCACGCGGCGACCUCAACACGAUGAUGAACCCCGCCUGGGAGGCGCAGCGCAAGGAGGCGGGGCGCCGUGCGCGUGGCGAGGAGCUGCGUGCCGGCCACGCGCCGGUGAACAACGAGAAGCUCGCGGCCGCGAUGGCGGACCUCAUCUCCGACGAGAUCGCCGACCGGGCGGUGAUCCGCUCGCAGGCCAUGGCGGAGCUGCUGGACGUGCUCUACCGCUCGCCGCCCCCCCUCACGCGCGACGGCCGCCGGGCGCCGUCCUCCAUUCACGCCCCGCCGACGAUGCGGGCCCUCGCGCGGGAGUUGAUCGACGAGGAGGCGGACGAGCGGCGUCAGCUCGUGGCGGAUGAGCAGCGCCGGCGCCGCCUCUACCGUCAGGACGACGUUGUGCAGCGCGAGAUGCUGCAGCGGGUUGCGAUGGAGGGGGCGGAGAUGGACGCGUGGGACGGCAUUUUAGACGGGAUGUUGUCGCAGAACCGUGAGCAGCUGGAGCGGCGCCUAAGCGAGCGGGAGCAGCUUGCCAGCCUCGUGAACGAAGAGCAGUUCUACCGGCGCACCGUUCUUUCAGAUGAGCAAGACGCGUUUGAGGUGAUCGCGGAGCUCUUCGCGGCGGGUCUGAAGAAUAUCCUGACCCAUGUACCGGAGGUGGAGGAGGAGGACGAGGACCUGCGCCGGCGCCGCGUCAGCACACAGCGCCAGGCCAAGCCCUUCCACUACAUGACCUUCAGCCCCGAGGACAUGGACUACCCACCGAGUGCUGUGCUGGCGAUUGAGGGCAUGGUGGGCUGCGCCAUCAACAAGAACUUGGAGGUUGUCAGCGUGGCCCGUCCGCUGCCCAAGGCCGAGGAAGAGGACCUUCAGUUGCAGGCCGGAGAUAUGAUUCUGGACGUGGCGGGCCACUCCCUGCACUCCCUCUCACACCUGCGCGAGGUGCUGUCGAACCGCGCGCUGCAGAUCCAAGAGGAGGCGCUGCAGGAAUUCCCGAAUGUGCCGCAAGACGAGCGCACGACGAAUCCAGCUCUCCAGAAGUACAUCGAGGUGCUCUGCGAGCAUCACAACUUCUUGGUGCAGGUGCUGCGCAGCUGCGAGAUCUUCCAAAUCAUCGUGCGCUCGUAA